UACACUGGCAAGGCUUUGCAAGGGUGCCUGGAAAGGAAGGGUUAGGGUCUUUCAAUGCCUGUACAUGAGCGGCGAGUCCAAAACAGUUCGGCGAGGGCCCCACUCUGUUGCCUGCGUUGACAUCGGGUGAUAAAAGCCCCUGCUCCAUCCCUGCAAAUCUCAAAAGAAUGGGAACGGGAAAGGAAAUCCACUUGCGUAACCUUCCCUACCUAGCUGUGUACUUACUUUCUUCAUCUUAACCAGCCCGGAUCCGGUGCCAUGUCCACGGUAAAGCGCAGAAAUAGCUCUGACCAAGACGGUUCUGCGCCGCCUAAAAAGCAGCGUCGUGACCGUCAUACCAAGGGCGGCCAGCCAGACGUUGACGAGACCUACGGCCAACGUUAUGUCUUUGCCAACCUCGAUGAUCCGACCGCCCCCUCGAGCGACGAGGAGUUUGAAGUCGAGGAUGAAGGCGAUGCCUUGGCAUAUUUGCGAUCUGUCCGUCUUAGACCUUGAAUGCUGAUAUGGUGAGUAUCUUGAAUAUAGAGAUGAGGCGAGCGUGAUUCCGCAUCUUCUCAGCGCGCCCAAGGCUGGACCACAACUACCUCCAAAACCUCAGGGGAAGCAAGACGCUAGCUGCGAUGACGGUCACGUAAACGACGACACCGCCGAUUCACCCAUGGACCGCAGUAUUUACCAUGACGGUUUCGGAGACACGCGAGGCUACUAUCACGAUGGUGCAUAUACAGCCAUGCCAGAUGUCCAGGACGAUCAAAAUGACGCCAAUGGCGAGGACAUCACACCGGAAGAGGCCGAAGAGGAGGCUCGGAAAGCUGAGGUCUGCAAGGCCCUCUACGGGAGCAUCAUUUCACGGUUCAAGUCAAUGCGAGCAAUAGUUCACCAGGAGCCGCCGGACGAUGCUCUGCUGGAGCUGUCGUCCGAUCACGGGUUCGAAGUCAACCCCUUCGGCUCAAGCAAAGGGGGGCAGAAAUCAUACACAACAUGGAGUUGGCGAUUACGCAACACAGAUCCGCAGCCGGCGCAGAUCGCAGCCAUGGACCGGACGGCGGCCUUCAGGCUAAUCCGCGUCAUCCUCAGCGAUAUCAGGAUGCUCAAACGUGGCCACGAUAUUACCGAGCGGACCAGUGCAUGGCUGUGGGCAUUGUUGGCAAAGUUGCCUGACGCCGGUGAGCUGGACUAUACCGAUGUCGGAGUGGUGCGCGACUUGGGCAAGCGUGCCGUUCUCAUGAUGACUAGCCUUGCGCAAAUGACUGCGUUGCGCGAGCAGGUUGAGCUUGGUCAACACGACCGUCAUGACGAAGAUGCAGGCUCCAACGACGCCGCCCCUUUUAACGAUGGUGAAGUUGAACACUACGAGGGAGAAGAGGAGAUGAACGGGGCCACCCGAGACAACUCUGGUGCGAUCACAGAUGAUGUCGGCAAUGCAGCCACGAAUGGAGAUGACGGGGCUGCUGUUCCAGACCAGAGCGCACUCGAUGCAGAAGCUGCCAGCGAUGACGAGCCUAUGGAUCUCGAAGAUGGUGAGGUAGACGAAGGAGAGGUUCCCGACGACACAUCACGCGCAGAUGACGGCAGCGGCGAUCUCGAGGCGAUCAGAGCAAGACUGCUGGGCGAUCUCGAACCGCCUGUUAACAUCGAGCCGGAAAUAGAGCCUUCAGAGCACGAUGACUGGGAGGCCGCAAAGCUGCGCUCUCGUAUGAACAUGCGCAUGACGCUUAACAUGAUCCUCACGGUUGCGGGUGAGUUCUAUGGGCAACGGGAUCUACUUGAGUUCAGGGAUCCUUUUCGGGGAAUGUGAGUUUACGCUUUUUCAACUGGCUUGCGUUUCGUUCCGGUGUCGAGUCCGUAUGGGAACCCUAUCGACGACGAGUAAAUUCAAGGUUUGGUGGCUUUGGACGGUUUCCUGCCCAUCCGUCAGGGUUCUAGUCGGCGAUUGGAAGCCGUCGGCCACUCCUUGUGAGGGAACAUGGUUGCAGGUGCACUUGGCCAUGCCCUCGCCUGAAGUUUGUGUACGCUCUGUUCAAGAUCAGACUGGGAGUCAAAGCUUGGGUUUUAAUUGUAAAAAGAAUGCCUAAUUCAUCCAGACUAGAUUAAAGAAGUGGCUGCUGUAGUCAUAACAAUUCUUUUCAUUUCCA